AUGAAAAUUGUUGACACAAGAAGAAUCCCUAAAACUAAAGCUGAAUGGGACACCGAGGAUUAUAAACUUAUUUCUUUAAAUGCUAAAGCCAAAGUCAAUCUAAAUUGUGCUAUAAGUCUGAGUGAAUAUAAUAAAGUCUCUACUUGCACCACAUCUAAAGAAAUCUGGGAUAAACUUCAGGUUAUUUAUGAAGGAACUGCACAGGUCAAGGAAUCCAAAAUUGAUAUUCUUAUGCAUCAAUAUGAAUUGUUUCGUAAGAAUGAAAAUGAGUCUAUUAGUGCAAUGUUUGUGAGAUUUACUGACAUUAUUAAUGGGUUGAAACAUCUUGGCAGAACUAUGACUAACUCUGAUCUUGCAAGGAAAAUUCUAAGAAGCUUACCCGAAAAUUGGGAUAUAAAAGCAACGGCAAUUAAGGAAGCUCACAAUCUCAACACACUUGAGUUAGAUGAACUUCUUGGCUUUCUUCUCACAUGGGAGAUCACUCUAAAAGAUACAGAAUGA